UCUGUUCAUAUCCACCUCUCUUUUCCUUUGUUAGACAUGAAAAUAACCAAAGCCCAAAUGCUACAAAUUAUUUAAGAAUACAUACACAUGUACUGACAUUUUCAGUCCUUUUUGUAUUCUCACCCCAUUCCGGUUUUCUUACAACAUCCCAUCUCCUUAGAUCUGUUUCUCCGUCCCCGCCCUUUUUGUCGGUCUGUUGAGAUUCUUCAGGAAGAGAGGAUCCGAAGUUUUAUUCAUUAAACAAGCCAGGGAGGCUCCAUUUCUAAUAAAUGAGUACGAUUUUGAAGAAAUUCGGAGCUAAUGGCUCUGAAAAACCAUCACCAUUUGAAGAACAGCAGGAAAAGAUUAAUGAGGUUAGGAGGUUUUUAGGAGAAUUGCCAGAUAAGUUGUCCAUAUACUGUUCUGAUGCAUCAAUAUCAAGAUACCUGAGGGCGCGGAGCUGGAAUGUCAAGAAGGCUACUAAGAUGUUAAAAGAAACCUUGAAGUGGAGGAUUCAAUACAAACCGGAAGAAAUUCGCUGGGAAGAUGUUGCCCAUGAAGCUCAGACGGGCAAAAUCUACAGAUCAAAUUAUACUGACAAGUUUGGGAGGAGUGUUCUUGUGAUGAAGCCCGGUUGCCAGAACACAAAGUCAGCCAAAGGCCAAAUAAGGUACUUGGUGUACUGUAUGGAGAAUGCCAUUUUAAAUCUGCCGCUGGAGCAGGAGCAGAUGGUCUGGCUCAUUGAUUUCCAGGGCUUCAGCAUGUCAAAUAUAUCGGUGAAGGUCACACGUGAAACGGCCUACGUUUUACAAGAGCAUUAUCCAGAGAGGCUGGGCCUGGCGAUCCUGUACAAUCCACCUAAGUUCUUUGAACCUUUCUAUACGCUGGUGAAACCGUUUCUAGAGCCCAAGACUUGCAGAAAACUGAAGUUCAUAUACUCGGAUGACCUCAGCACCAAGAAGAUAAUGGAAGACUUCUUCAAUUUGGAGAAGCUUGAUAGUGCAUUUGGAGGGCUUAACAUGAGCAGUUUCAACAUUAACGAGUAUGCUGAAAGGAUGCGAGAGGAUGACAAAAGGACACCCUUAUUUUGGAAGAUGGAAAAUCCUUGUAUUUCUAUGGAAACACCCGUGGCUGCCUUUCUGCCAUCUUUUAGUUCAGGCAAGAAGGGGUCUGAAUCUGAUGAUUCUGGGAAAGAGCAUGCAGAGGACACAUCCCCUCAUGGGAUGGCUUCAAACCUCUCAUCUGAUGGUUGUUUUCUAGAUUCCAAUGCCAGUGAAAAUGAUGCAGUAGAUAUACAAUCAAGCGUGGGAACACUAAACCUUGAGCACGACUCUAAUGACAAGGCACUAUGAUGCGAUGGUAACGACUGACCUCCCUAACUUAGGAAAUACCAUUACCAUCUGUUUCAAGGAAAAAUCUCUUUUCCUCAUUUCUGUUCUGUGAACAUCUGUGUUGUGCGAUCUGGGUGAAACCCACUUUUCCAUCCAUGACAUUCUGCCUUCGGUUUGAAUUAUUAAGCUGGAAAAGGCCUUCUAAAAUAAUGUUUUUCGUGUU